CCUUAUAUUACAGUGAGCAGAAGUCGAAGAAAACUUGAAUCUUUUUCAACCAAGGAAAAGAGAUGGGUGGCAGAGUGACUUCUUAUCUAAUCUUGCUUCAUCUACUCCUUGUCAUGUUUGCUGAAGCCUCUGCUGAGGUUGGUGAAAAGAGCAAGCAAAUGGAGGCUGCAUCUUCAGACAGUAGUGUCCUAAGAAUGGUGACCAAAAUGACAGCUAAUUCCCAAGAACUGAACUCCAUGGAGUACAUGAACGACCCAUCAAACAUGAUUUUCUUCACCACAGAUGACCUGAAACUUGGCAAGAAACUGCCUUUAAACUUACCCCCAAAAGACCCUUCAACCACCCCUCCUAUGUGGCCCAAAGAAAUGGCUGAUUCAAUCCCUUUCUCGCUCGAACAACUCCCUCAAAUCCUCAACUUCUUCUCCUUCUCCCUGGGCUCGCCCCAAGCCCAAGCCGUGGAAAGCGCGCUCCAUCGAUGCGAUAUCGAACCCAACAAAGGAGAGACCAAGUUCUGCGGUACCUCCAUGGAAUCCAUGGCGGAUUCCGCCCGCUCAGCCUUUGGCUUGGGCUCCAAGUCAUCUGUCAAAUAUCUGGCAACAUCGGCCCAUUCCACAAGAUCACGUCCCCCUUAUCUCCAGAACUACACUCUCCUCCAAAUGCCUAAUGAAAUCGCAGCGCCAAAGUUCUUGGCCUGCCAUGCCAUUCCCUAUCCCUAUGCGGUCCACUAUUGCCAUUACCUCGAGGGAGACAAUAAGGUGCUGCAAAUUCCAUUGGAGGGUGAGAAUGGAAAUGUGGUUAUGGCUGCAGCCGUUUGCCACGUGGAUACGUCCGAGUGGAGCCCUGAGCAUGUGUCUUUUAAAGUGCUCAAAAGCAAACCGGGGAUGACCCCGGUCUGCCAUGUCUUCCCUCCCAACGAUCUUAUAUGGAUUCCCAUGGAUACUUGAGAAUGGUUUUCCACAGGCCCCAGCCAUGAAGAUUGUGACUUUUCCUUUGGAUUCCGCUAGUAAUAACAUAAUUUAACCUCUUUGUUCUUAGAUUUUUCUUGGGUGUCACUAGUUUUGUUUUAGUUCAUUAGUCGUGGCUCUACUUUGUAUGUUACCACGUAUGUGAAAGAGUGAGCAUUAAAGAAGGUAAUUAGUGAUUCACAUGGCUAUGGUGGGAUUGACUGUUUUGUAUAAGAUAGAUACGUUGUGAAAAAGGAAAAAAAAAAAAAAAGAAGGAUAAAUAGUGUGUUGUAUUUAUUUGCAUUCAUUUUAAAAAAGAAGGUUGCAUUUUAA